GGGCCAAUGGGAGGGCUUGGGGGCGUGUCCCGGCAGCGGGCACCUGGGGUGCGGGCAGCGCGGCGGCGCCGAGGGGAGAGCGGGGCUGGGCCGGAAAUCGUUUCACCGUGGCGUGACGGCACGGCUUCUGUAGGCACCGGCCGGCGCGAGCAGCCCGUCGAGGAGGAGCCGUCCCCACCGCCUCGCCGGCACGAGGCCAGGGCCCGGCCCGAGCUUCCACCUCGCUGCUGGCACCGGGAGGUUUAUUCCCAUCGCUCCGGCGGGACGAGGGAGCGACGCUCGCGGCGCCGGCGCGCGGGACCUGCCGCUGCGCCCCGGACCAUGGCCCUGCGCCGGUGUCUCUGAAGCUCCCGCGAGGACCGCCGCUUCGGGGCCACAUGGCUACGGCUAGCAAGGGCGCCAAGGCGAAGGCGGGCGGCGUGCGCUUUGCCCCCAGCCAGCCCGCUGAGGGGGCCCACGGCCACGUGCGCUUCGACGAGAAGCUCCACGACUCGGUGGUCAUGGUCACGCAGGAGAAGGACGGCAGCUUCCUCGUGAAGGUGGGGUUCCUGAAGAUCCUGCACAAGUACGAAAUCACCUUUGUGCUGCCCCCGGUGCAGCGGCUGGGGAAGGACGUCUGCGCCAUCCCCCUUCCCAACCUCAACCUGAAAGUCGUCAGCGUCGCCCCGGUGUCCGAAGGCUACAGCGUGAAGUGCGAGUACACGGCGCACAAGGAGGGCGUGCUGAAGGAGGAGAUGAUGCUCGCCAGCGAGACCGACGACGGCGCCUGCGUCAGGGUCGUGGUCCAGGCCCGCGUCAUGGACCGGCACCACGGCACGCCGAUGCUCCUGGACGGGGUGCGCUGCAUCGGCGCCGAGCUGGAGUACGACUCGGAGCAGAGCGACUGGCACGGCUUCGACUAGCCCCCGCCACGCCGCCCGCCGCCUUCCUGGCGCCCCGGCUCGGAGCUUGAAGUUAGAAAGGAAAAAAGAAGAAGAAAAAAUCCCCCCCAGCCCCCAGGUGUUGGCAGGACCCUGAGCGCUGCUGCUUCACGGAUGACAUGGAGCUCCCAGUGAGGUCCGGGCACCGCGCUUCUGCCGCUUGCCUCCUCUUCCUCCCCCAGCGCCAAGCCGGGGGGGUUUGCCAAGGAGCCAGCUCACCUCUGCCUUGCGCCGGAGCAAAGCCGAGCGGGCCCAGUCACCUCCCCUGCCAGAAGACUCCCGUGCUGCUUCGUGGCUCGCUUGGGACAGGAGCCUGGGUGGGCGCUGGCACGGUGCUGUGCCCGCCGGGUUCGUGCGCAGUCCCCAAAGCGUGGGAAAGGCUCCCGAAAUGCCGGCGCAUCCUUUGUCGGGAGCCCCGCCGUGGCCUGGGCGGGUGCCAAAAGGCACCUGGUCGCCCCUCUGCUGCUGGUGCUGCUGCUGCUUUCAGCUUUGUUUUCUUUCCCCAUCCUCCCCGAGAGGCACGGGGGGGCUCGGGGGCUGCUCCCAGGGCACGUGCCCCCCGCGGUUCUCCCUGUGCAUGCCAUGGUGUCCCCCGCGGUUCCUCCCUGUGCCCCCUGCGGGUCCCCUGUCCCCUACCCUGUGCACCCCAUGGUCCCUCUCUGUGCACCUCUGCAGUUCCCCCCUCGUGCACCCUGUGUUUUCCCCCCCCUGUACCCCACAGUUCCCCCCCCUGCACCCCACGGUUCCCCCCCCCCAUGCACCCUGCGGUUGCCCCGUGCACCCCGUGGUUCCCCCCCAGCGCCGUGGUGCCCGGCUGCACAGUGGCACCCGUCCGCUCCGGGAGCAGAGCCCAAGCCGCAGGCUCAGCUUUGCCUUCGGGGCUUCGGCGCGGGGGCUUUGGUGUGGGCAGAGCUGCGCCGUGCCGCGGGGUCGGCGCCGGGGCCGGCACCCCCCUCCCACCCGUCGCCUUUUCGACACGGUCUCGAGCUAUUUGGGGUUUUGCUUUUUCUGUUUGUUUGUCGUUUUAAGACAGUGGUACGACGACCUGGGAAGCGGCUCCAUUCUGAAAGCAACAGAGGAGUUUAUGUGCCUAUAUAUAAAUAUAUAGAUAUAUAGAUAUAUAUAUACACGGGUGUGUGUCUAUGUGUGGGUAUUUUUGUUUUUAAUUACAAAAAAUCUAUAAAGGAAAAUAAUAAACUUCAGCUGAAAACAC